GAGCACAUUCACAGAAGAUACACAGAACAACCAACGCCUGCACCAUGCUGAUGAAUCUGUCCGUAUUCCUCAUCAUGAUCACCCUGUCGUCGGUCGCGGCGCAGACCUUUCAAUACUCCCGUGGCUGGAAGAACGGCAAGCGGGAUGGUUCUGACACACAUCUCGACAUCAACAGGCUGGAGAAGACCUUCAGCCCCUGUCGGAUGCAGAAGCUUCAAUAUCUGCUUGAUGGAAAAGUAACUGAGAAGUUACUGACUCCUUGCGAGUAUCUUGAAGAGGAGGAGGAGCCGAGACGACAGAAACUCAAGAUCGCCCAAAAUUCCUACAACUUUCAAUGAAUUAAUAAUCACGGAUGACACAUUUUGUACAGCGCCAUCUGUUAUUCUGAUUAGUAACUAUUAAUCCAAUAUAAUUU